CCUUCUUGAGGGGGCACAGGGGGAGUGAACGGGAUGAGUGCAGUUUUUUUCAUGGUCCACAGCCAGGGUCUCAUUCACUAUAAAAGGCGGUGAACAACCUCUCAAACGCCAGUCAGAAGUCACGGCGUUCCUGUGCUUAUAUCUUCGACCGUUACCAACUGGCUCAACUAUUAAGCUGCUACAGAGAUUUGGAAAUUAGUCAUUGUAAAGAAACACUGAGACAGAAGAUCGACGGAAAUUUUGAGGAUAACCGUGAUCAUUCAGACACUGAUCCUACUAGUGUGUGGUAAGAGCGAAAGCGAAAUCCUACUCAGACAAGGCUGCCUACUGUUGUCUGUGCAGAGACAAAGAACCCUCGGAGGCUGCCACACACACACACACCCACACACACACACAUUCACACACUGUGAUGACCCACGCUGCCCCCAUGCCCGGGCUGUUCACCCUCGUCCUGCUGGCUCUGGUUGUUAGGCAGGCUGCUGCCCUCUUCCUGCCGGACUCCAAGGAGCUGCAGCAGCUGCUGAGCCGCUACCAGAACGAAGCCGACAACAACAGCACCGCCGACCCGGAUGCUCACCCUCACACUCGCCUGCGCCGCGCCAUCCCCUGGUCCGACCGCGAGGAGAUCCUCAAGCUGCACAACAAACUGCGAGGCGGCUGCUACCCCACUGCCUCCAACAUGGAGUACAUGGUGUGGGAUGACCAGCUGGAGCGUUCAGCUACUCAUUGGGCAGAGCAGUGCAUAUGGGACCAUGGGCCCCAGGAUCUUCUCAUGUCCAUCGGGCAGAACUUGGCAGUGCACUGGGGCAGGUACCGCUCGCCAGCCUACCAUGUGCAGGCCUGGUAUGAUGAGGUGAAGGACUAUACCUACCCCUAUCCUCAUGAGUGCAAUCCCUGGUGCCCUGACCGCUGCUCUGGCCCCAUGUGUACCCACUACACCCAGCUGGUCUGGGCGACUACGAGCCGAGUGGGGUGUGCUGUGCACGUGUGUCCCCGGAUGAGCGUGUGGGGGGAGAUCUGGGAGAAUGCAGUCUACCUUGUGUGCAACUACUCCCCCAAGGGAAACUGGAUCGGGGAGGCCCCAUACCAACAUGGCCGCCCGUGCUCCCAGUGCCCACCGACUUAUGGAGGAGGAUGCAGAGACAACCUCUGUUAUAAGGGAGAAGCCCAGCGUCCUGAGACAGAGGAUAUGAAUGAGGUGGAGAGACCGCAGGUGCCAGUCCAGCCACGAGUGACCACAACCAAACCAAAGCCCAAACCAAGACCCGCCGCUCCCAAGAAGCCUGCAUCCAAGCCCUCAGCGCCAGGGUCUACGCCCUUCCUGGCCCAAAAUAUUAAAUGUGAGACUAAGAUGAGAGACAAGUGCAGAGGAUCUACCUGCAAUAGGUAUAAGUGUCCUGCUAACUGCUUAAACAAGAAAGGCAAAGUAUGGGGUACACUGUAUUAUGAUGUGCAAUCAAGCAUUUGCCGUGCUGCAAUGCACUAUGGGGUCAUAGACAACAAUGGAGGUGUAGUGGACAUUACCAGGAAGGACAGGCUACCAUUCUUCGUCAAGUCAACAAAGAAUGGCAUUGAAUCUUUCAGUAAAUACAAACCUGCCAAUGCAUUUGUUGUGGCGAGGGUAGAGAGGAAGUCAGUGGACUGCUAUGCUACAGUAGCUGAGAUAUGUUCAUACAAAAAGCCAUAUACCAACUGCCCCAGGAUGUUCUGUCCCGCGAACUGCAGGAACCAGCCAUCCUACUGGGCUCCAGUGGUUGGAAACAGCAUCUACACUGAUAGCUCCAGCAUCUGCCGGGCUGCCAUCCACGCUGGUGUGAUCAAGGAUGAUGGAGGCACCGUGGACAUCCUGGCCCUGGAGAGAAAGAAGAGCUAUGUGGGAGCCCUGAAGAACAGCAUCCAGUCAGAGAGUAAGAGCAGUCAUGAGGGAGGCUCGUUCCGUGUCUUCGCUGUGCGGGAGUGAAAGUACAUGUACGGAACCUCCUAUCCAUCCCCCAAACAGUGUGGAGACUCUCUGAGGCCCUCUGGACAGGAAGUGUCCAUGUACUGUGCUACCAUAGCAGUCAUCAUUAUCUGGCUUCAGUCCACUUGGGGAGGAAUGGGACCCUUGUGCAGGAUAAAUGGAUUCCACUUCUAGUCAAACAAGUGCACUUUUUACAUUAAAGAUAAGAGAUUGGCCAACACAUGGAAGUGACCAAACAAGGAAGGUUCCUUCAUCCCUCAUUCGUUUAGACUGCAGAUGUUUAUAUUUCUGAAAGGUUUAGUUUUUUAGCACACAGUUGAUACAAAGAUACUGUGUGAUUGCAAUCACAUUUUAACAGCAGUGCUGGUUUAAUAUGUCAUAAAAUAUGUACGUCCGAAAUCAAAUUAAGUAAUUUUAUGUUUUUUUCAAAAUUCAUUUUUUAUAAAAUUAUUUUUGUUCAGUUUAUGAAUUCAAAUGUAAAUCAUUGAUGAUCACCAUACACAGGAAUGUAUAUUGAUCGAUCUAUAUUUAAUCAUUUUGUACAGAUUUUAUGAUUUCUUAAAAAUAAUUAUUUCUUAUUAAGCUUCCCAUCUUUCAGCAUUUCAGUGUUCAGUGUUCUCUUUUCUACUUGUUUUUCAUGCUAUUUUAUUUGCCUAGAGAUCAAGACUCCUUGCCAUCCUGGUUUUGCUGUGUGAGUGGGUGGUGUGAGUGGGUCUGUUUGGCUGGGUGGAGGAGCCUCACCGUGGACAGACAGAUGCGUUGAGUAGGGAGAGAGGAAGGAGAAAGAGAGGGGGAAGGAGAGGCACGCCUCCAAGGAAAAGAAACCUUUCCUGAACAACCCUUCCAAUCCCGUCCAGAAUCAAUAGUGUGCAGACAUCUUGGUAGAGGUGCAAAAACAUUGUAAGAGUGUUUCUCUCCCCUUUGAGGCUCCAAGUGCGUGUGCAGGCAGAGAGCGUCCAGUGUGGUGGUUGGGCUGGUCUCACAGAACACCUCUAAUCAAAGAGUAUUGUUCCAAAGUACACUUAAAAAAACAUCACAGCCAAGCAUGCAUCAUUCUGCCCUGCAUACUCAGUGAAAUACAAUCAUAUAGUAAUAAUAGGAAAUGUUUAAUCCUCCCAUCUGUAAUAGUGAAAUGUUCAUAAAGUCUUUUCCUUUCUCACUGAGGGGAGGAUGCAUCAAAUCCAGAGUGGGCUUCUGCCAAGAGUAAUUCUAGUGAAACUUUGACAGUUCAUGCACAAAGAAAUGAUUUGGAAGACAAAUAGGGCUUCCUGAUCUGUAAACCCCUACUGCAUAGCAAAAUUACAGAAUGAUAAUACUCACAUAUGAAUCAGGCUGGCAUUGCAGUGUUCCAGCUGCUCAGUCACCUGACUCAACCUUUCUGCGAGUCCCCACUCUCUGGCUUAUAUGCUUCUUUCAAACUUUAUAGCAAUUAAAAUAUGUAAACAUCAGUAUGCAAGCACACAUGCCUCCAAUCAGUCUCUCCUUCGAGCUAAUGUUGCCAGUUUAACUCACCACACUGCCUGCUCUCUGUCGCUUUCUUAUUUUAUAUCGGCUACCUCAGUCCUGCCACAGCGUUUAGUUUGAAAUUGAAAAUUUGUUUAGGGAAAAUCUUGGGUUUUGUACAGCUAUGGAAAUUGUUUACUGUAAAUACUUUUGUGUUUUAUAAAAUUGUCUUCUUUGAUGUAAAGCUAUCUGUCUAUGAUGCGUAAUGGGAUAUAUAUGUCUGGCUUUAUACAGACAAUGGAGGGUUUUGUAUUUUUUGCACAAUUUGGAAAAAAAUAAAGUUGUGAAAAAUGA